UUGUACAUUGUUGUGCCGAAUGCCGAUGAUAACAAAAUUGCUUAAAUGGUAGUUUGUUUACAAUUAUAGAAAACUCAAGAGUCAAGAGGCGAGAGAUCUACAAUUCAUCUACAUUCAUAGGCAGUUUGCCAUUACAUGUUUUAAAAUGUCGAAUUUUCCGCCUACUCCUACCAACCCGAAUGUACAAAAUAGAUUUGGUCAAUACCCGAAUCAAACGUAUCCGAUGCAGCAAAGGCCCGGCAUGUACCAGCAAAGUGGUCCAAUACCUCAAGGUGUACCACCCAAUGCUAUGAUGGGAGCUCGUGGACCCCCCACUCAAGGAUUUAGCCCUAUGAGGCACGGUGCUGGCCCAAUGGUACCGAGCCAGCCAACGCCUGGCAAACGACCCGCCGAUAAUCGAAAUCCACCGCCUAUGGUUAAAGGUGAUUUUCCUCACAACAUACAAGUUCAAAAUAGCAGUAUCGGGAUGAGCAAAAAGAAGAAAAAAUUAGCAGAUAAAAUAUUGCCCCAAAAAGUGAGGGAUCUUGUUCCAGAAUCACAAGCAUAUAUGGAUCUUUUGGCAUUUGAGAGAAAAUUAGAUUCAACAAUCAUGAGAAAACGAUUAGACAUACAAGAAGCAUUGAAGCGUCCAAUGAAACAAAAACGUAAAUUGCGUAUAUUUAUAUCAAAUACAUUUUAUCCAGCAAAAGAACCUGGAGAAAGUGAAGAAGGAAGUGUUGCCUCUUGGGAAUUAAGAGUUGAAGGACGUUUACUAGAAGAUUCUAAAAAUGAACCAAAUAAGAUAAAAAGAAAAUUUUCUUCCUUCUUUAAAUCACUGGUCAUUGAACUUGAUAAAGAUUUAUAUGGGCCUGAUAAUCAUCUGGUUGAAUGGCAUCGGACCGCAACUACUCAGGAAACUGAUGGAUUUCAAGUGAAACGGCCCGGUGAUAAAAAUGUACGCUGUACUAUUUUAUUGCUUCUUGAUUAUCAACCAUUACAAUUUAAAUUGGACCAACGUUUAGCUCGACUUUUGGGUGUUCAUACUCAAACCAGACCAGUUAUUAUAAGUGCUCUUUGGCAGUUUAUAAAAACUCAUAAGCUACAAGAUUCUCACGAAAAAGAAUAUAUAAACUGUGACAAGUAUUUGGAACAAAUAUUUAAUUGCACUCGUAUGAAAUUUGCUGAAGUCCCACAGAGACUUAAUACUUUACUUCAUCCUCCUGAUCCUAUUGUAAUUAAUCAUAUUAUAAGUGUUGAGGGUGUUGAACAAAAGCAAACUGCAUGCUAUGAUAUUGAUGUUGAAGUAGAUGAUACUUUAAAAGCACAAAUGAAUAAUUUCUUACUAUCUACUGCUAGUCAGCAAGAAAUACAGAGCCUAGAUAACAAGAUCCAUGAAACAGUUGAAACAAUUAAUCAGUUAAAAACGAAUAGAGAAUUCUUUUUGAGUUUUGCUAAAGAUCCUCAACAAUUUAUAUAUAAAUGGAUAAUCUCACAAACAAGAGACUUAAAGACGAUGACAGAUGUAGUUGGAAACCCAGAGGAAGAACGAAGAGCAGAAUUUUAUUAUCAACCAUGGACACAAGAAGCUGUUAAUCGCUACUUCUAUUCCAAAGUUCAACAGAAACGGGCAGAACUUGAACAUCAGUUGGGUAUUCGUAACUCAUAAAAUAAUGAUGUAAUAUAUUUUACUAUUAUUUAAAUUAAGAUAGUAUUCAAUGUAAUAUAAUUAUUAUAUUUGAUAUAAGUAUAUAACCAGCGUAUGACCUUUCUUGAUAUUAUUUAUUAAUUAUUUGUACAUUUUUUAAGUUCAUUUAAUUAAUGAUAUAAGAUUUUUAUUUGUGUGUCAACUAAAAUCUAUUUAAAGAUCAACAUAGAUUUAAAGUAUAUACUUAUUAUUUAAAAUUACAUUAAUUUAAUUCUAUGAAUAAAAGAAUAAUUAUUAAGGUAGUGUUUUAAUUAUUUUAUUUUCAAGAUUUGAAUUAUAUUGCCUAGUAGGCUUACAAAUGUUAUUAAUGUAUUACUUUCUUAUUAUUAUUAUACAAAAUAUAAAAUAUUUAUUCUCACUGAAUACAUUUGAAUAAGUAUGAUAACUUCUAUACAUUAAUGUUUAAUACCAAACUAUGAGGUUAAGUGAAAGUGAGCUUAUCUGGUAUAAGCAAUUAACCAAAAAUGCAUCCCUUAUUAUGUUAUAAUUAAAAAAUGGAAUCCCUUAGGUAUAUAUAUUAUAUAUAGUAGCAUUUAGUAAGUGAAAUGUAUACAUUAUAUUAAAUAAACAAAUUUAACUGUAAGAGGAAAUCUAGCAGUAAGAAAAAAAUAGCUAUAAUUGAUUGAUUUAAAUACUAAUUAGUUGUAUUUACUUAAGUUUAUUUUGUAAUCUUUAAAUUGUAUAUUAUAUAUUAAUGAUAUUAUAUUUUAAAUAUACAUUUCAGAGCCAAGA